AACUAUAAAAAGCAUGGCUUUGUGGCUAUUUCAGAGCAGACGGACCUUCACCUUCAGCUCCAAAAUCCAAAUAUUUCAACCAUGUUUGCCCUGUUGUUCAUGCUGUUUACCACCAUCACCGCACUACUAAUUCCAACCCUCUCUUCACAACCACCACCACCACAACCCUCCCUUACUCCGCCUCCACCAUUGAUAGCGCCAGCAUUUGAGUUUCCUCCAAGUCCCCCUUUCAUUCCAUCACUACUAGAUGACAACAUAUGGCCUCCACCAAGUCAAACACAACCAGUAUCCGUGCGGUUCGUGUUGGGUUGUAUCUUGCCUCUAAUAAUAUUAAUUAGCUUAAUCGUAGUGGCGAUUUACAUUCGUCGACAAAAAGGGCCAAAAGGGGACCAAGGGGAUCCAGGGAAGCCAGGGCUGAAAGGGGAGAAAGGGGAGAAAGGGCCAAAAGGGUACAAAGGGGAUCCAGGGUCACCAGGGCCGCUAGGGCUACCAGGGCCACUAGGGCCGCCAGGGCUACCAGGGCCACCAGGGCCGCCAGGGCUGCCAGGGCCAUCAGGGCCACAAGGGCUACCAGGGCCACCAGGGCUGCCAGCCUACCAGUGCUACCCGGGCCGCCAGGGAUGCCAGUGCCGCCAGGGAUGCCAGUGCCGCCAAGGAUGCCAGUGCCGCCAGGGAUGCCAGUGCCAUGUUAGGUUACCUUCUCGUGAAGUUACUCACAAAAAAUGUCUCUAAAGCACAAAACUUUUCGCAAGUUAGCUUUACUCAUGAAACAGCCCCGAGACAGUCGCGAAAGUUUCUAUCUGAAUUUUGUGUUUUCACUAUUUUUCCUUAACCCAUUUUCACGAGAAGAGCUUAGUCGCGAGCUUCUCGUAAAAAUGCCUCUAAAGUAUGGUUUGAAUUUUUUCUAAAUGUUUUCAAAUGUAU